AUGUUUCUUGGAAUUGGUCAGAUGGUUGCCACCAUCAUCAUUCUGUACAUUGCCAAAAUUUCCCGCAAAGUCCAGUUUCAGGACUUUGAUCAGAGUAUUUUCUCUAAGGUAUUCCCCCUACCGUUGCUGUACGUGGCCAAUCACAUCACAGGUCUUGCCAGCACCAAAAAAUUGAGCUUACCCAUGUUUACAGUACUUAGAAAAUUCACAAUACUGUUGACUUUGAUCAUGGAAUCCAGGAUAUUAAGAAAAACAUUCCCACCACAGCUUGUAUGUAGUGUCUUGGCUAUUGUGUUUGGAGCCCUGGUCGCUGCAAGCUCUGAUUUAGCCUUUGAUGCAGAGGGCUACACUUUUAUUCUACUCAACGAUGUCUUCACAGCUGCCAGCGGUGUCUACACAAAGAAAAAACUGGGAGUUCCGGGUCUUGGCAAGUACGGACUCCUGUUCUACAAUGCAUUCAUCAUAGUAGUGCCCACUACUAUAACAAGUGCAUGCACUGGAGAUUUACAGGAGGUAACUGCUUUUAAAGACUGGCUCUCGUUUGGUUUUCUUUGUUACUUUCUUCUGUCUUGUGUUAUGGGGUUCGUUUUGAUGUAUUCCAUUGUCUUGUGCAGUCAUUACAAUAGUGCUCUAACCACAACGGUUGUUGGGGCAAUUAAGAAUGUAGCUGUGGCAUACAUCGGCAUGUUUAUUGGCGGGGAUUAUCUUUUCUCUUGGCCAAAUUUUAUAGGACUAAACAUUUGGUAA